ACCAUAGAAAACAUCCUUCCCUCUUCACACACAGACAAACACACACAUAUAUAGAGGCAUAAAGGGUUUUGUAAAUUUUUUUCUAAGUGUGGAAAUGAAGGCAUCAUAUGUUGCAGUUUGUGCAAUGCUAGUGCUGCUGCUGGCUGAGCAAACCCAGGUCACAGAGGCAGUAACUUGUAGCCCAGUGCAGCUGAGCCCAUGUGUGAAUGCAAUCACAUCUUCCUCCCAACCAUCACAACUCUGCUGCAGCAGGAUCAAGGAGCAGAAGCCUUGCCUUUGUGGUUAUUUCAGGAACCCGAACCUCAAGAAGUUUAUCGAAACCCCGAAUGCCAGGAAGGUUGCUGACACUUGUGGUACUCCCUUCCCCAAGUGCUGAAAUCCAUUUGAUCACCAUUAUUCCAUCUCUUCUCCCUAUGGAGAAUGGAAACCCUGGACUUUGUUUACUAUAUAUUUCUGGUGUGGUAUGUCUUUAUGUACUAGUAGCUACUAGUAAUGGAGAACUAUCUGUGUUUGAAAUAUUAUAAGGGACAUGUCCACAUGUCUCUAGUUUUAGUCUUGUGUUGUUAUGUUGAAGCUGUUGCAGAUGUAGUAUUUAUAAUGAAAGCAGUGUUGAGUUCAUGGCUGGUUUA